GACGACUACGCAAGACGAGCGGAAACCGUACGCAAAGGCUUGCUAGUUACUGCGUUUCACCUAGCGAUUCUUGUACCUAGGCCAGUCAGUGGUCAACAUCAUGAAAGGCUUUCUGAAGUGCAAUAUUGAAUACCGCCGGCAUUUCCAUACCCGGAAAAUUUGAAGUCAUCGCCCCUCGCAGUGCGGACGACUUGCUUCCGCACGAUGGACAUCCUGCAUCUUUUGGAGGGUUUCGCAACGUCGAACCGGUGUUUUGGACUGGGCCUGGUCGCACUUGAGUCCAAACUGCAAACCUGAAGCACCCGACCUCCCAUCAUGUCUAAUCCACCUAGUUCUUCAUCGUCCUCUCGCUCGUCGUCAAUGGCCUCUUCUAGUCUCCCUAGGACACCGCCGAACAUGCACCAGAACACGAUCGAUCCAGAAGCGAAGUGGCUAGUGCAGAAGUUUGGCGGGACGAGUGUGGGGAAGUUUGCGACAAAGAUUGCGGAGGACAUCAUUGCAGAGUACAUUGACCAGCACAAGGUCGCGAUCGUCUGCUCGGCGCGAUCAGGCUCUACCAAAGCGUUGGGCACCACGAACCUCCUUCUACGGGCAGCGAAGGAAGCUUUGCAGCGCACAAGUAGCCCAUCAGAGACACCAGGACAUAUGACUCCUGCACUCUUCUCCAGAACCUCGCAGGCGCAGUCACCAGUGGACAGUCCACGAGGGCGGAGCACGUCGUCGCCUCGCAUGGAUCCCGUUACUCCUGGAGGGGCAUUGAACAUGUCUUCCAUGAGCACCAAGGCACCUCCGUUCAGUGAGACGGUGGACCUCAUCCCGGAGCUACUGCGAGAGCUCGAGAUGGAGAUCGAGCGGGAUUGUGACUCAUUACGCUCAUUUUGGGGUGUAAUUGACGAGAUUUCGCCAAGAUCGCGAGACACCAUCAUCGGUUUUGGUGAACGAUUAGCAUGCAAAGUCAUGACGGCCAUCCUUAGGGAUCGAGGCAUCGACGCUGAGUAUGUCAGCCUUGAAAACGUUGUUCCUCUCACCGAGGAAGAGUCGUACACGGGAGAGACGCUCGGUCAAGAGUUCUACGACCGAGUCGCUGAAGCUGUGAGCGAGCGCAUCAAGCAAUGCGAACCGCGCGUUCCCGUCGUUACCGGCUACUUCGGCCCCGUCCCGGGCUCCCUCCUCCGGCAGGUCGGCCGCGGCUACACAGACCUCCUCGCAGCACUGCUCGCAGCGGGGCUCGGCGCGUCCGAGCUGCAGAUCUGGAAGGAGGUCGACGGGAUCUUCACCGCUGACCCGCGCAAGGUACCCACGGCCCGGCUCAUCCCGAUCAUCUCGCCCGAGGAGGCGGCAGAGCUGACGUACUACGGGAGCGAGGUCGUGCACCCGUUCACAAUGGAGCAGGUCAUCCGGCGGCGCAUCCCGAUCCGCAUCAAGAACGUCGAAAACCCGCAGGGUGGGGGCACGGUCAUCCACCCGGACCCAGACAUCGACGCGGCGCCGUACACGGAGGAGGCGGGGAUACCGAUCCCCGGGACGAGCACGGUCUUCCGCCCGGUGGGCGACCUGCAUGCGGCGAGGGAUGAGCGGAAGCUGCCGACGGCGGUGACGAUCAAGGAGCGGAUCGUCGUGCUGAACGUGAACUCGAACCGCAAGAGCGUGUCGCACGGGUUCCUGGCAGGCGUGUUCGGCACGCUGGAUCGAUAUGGCGUCGUCGUGGACCUGAUCAGUACUAGCGAGGUGUACGUCAGUAUGGCCAUCGAGGACAACCUGGACAAGAAGCUGCUCGAUCGAGUCGUGCGUGAGCUUCAAAAGAGCGGGACGGUAACCGUGAGCAGAGAUAUGGCCAUCCUGUCUCUGGUGGGCAAAAGGAUGCGGAACAUGGUCGGCAUUGCGGGCCGCAUGUUCACGACGCUGGGGGACGGAAAGGUCAACAUCGAGAUGAUAAGCCAGGGCGCGAACGAGAUCAACAUCUCCUGUGUCAUUGACUCGCGGGACGCUGUUAAGGCGCUCAACCUCAUCCACCAAAGCUGUUUGCAGAUCAGACCGGACGGCGCGAGGGGGCGCAUGGGUCCAUGGUUGUUCUAAAAAAGACGUUUCAAGACGAUAAUUUGUUGUAAGCUAUACCCAUCAUCUGUAGCCUAGAGCUGUAUACUGUGACGCCCGUCCAACCGCGCCAAAAAUCAAAGAAGGACCACGAUCCAACUCGGGUUCUUGCCUUGCUUUGCACUUCCGCUCCCCGUCCACGUUGCAUCCUCGUGCGUCUGUCGCUGGUUUAAGGCAGUUGCACACAAGCUCGGUUGAUUAAUACAUGUCAGUGGUGUGCAAUCGCUUCCUUGAAGUGACUCUUGCUGACUGGAACAGGUGUCCGAUCAUCCCAC